AUCACGCGGGCCCGUCGUCGUCGCUUCAGGGUUGGCCUCCCUGCUGAGGGAGGGAGGGAGGCGGCGGCUGAGGCAGGAGGCGGAGGCGGCUGUGGGCGAUGUGGGGCUUUGAAGGAGACUGAGCCUCUUCUCCUCCUCCCCCACACAUCAGACACCGGCGCUGUGGACACAGGCUCGCCCUGGUUCCUCGCCCCCGGGGCCGAGGCGGAGACCCGGGCAGGCUGUCCUGCUUGGGCUCGGGCCCCGGCGCCGGCGCCGGCCAGGCCCAAUCGCUGGGAACGGAGCGGAGCUGAGGAGGCCGAGUCGGUAGUGAAAAGAGAAAACUGAAGGACAGACUCUCAAGAUGAGCAAAAAGCCCCCAAAUCGUCCUGGAAUCACUUUUGAGAUUGGUGCUCGUUUGGAGGCACUGGACUACUUACAAAAAUGGUAUCCAUCAAGAAUUGAAAAAAUAGACUACGAGGAGGGCAAGAUGUUGGUCCAUUUUGAACGAUGGAGUCAUCGUUAUGAUGAGUGGAUUUACUGGGAUAGCAAUAGAUUGCGACCCUUGGAAAGACCAGCACUAAGAAAAGAAGGACUGAAAGAUGAGGAAGAAUUUUUUGACUUUAAAGCUGGAGAAGAAGUUCUGGCACGUUGGACAGACUGUCGAUAUUACCCUGCCAAGAUUGAAGCAAUUAACAAAGAAGGAACAUUUACAGUACAAUUCUAUGAUGGAGUUAUUCGAUGUUUAAAAAGAAUGCACAUUAAAGCCAUGCCAGAGGAUGCCAAAGGGCAGGUGAAAUCCCAGCAUCCACUAAGCUGGUGUUGUCCUAUCGACCCAGCUGGAGCGUGGAACCAGUCUGUGGGAAGUCAGGAUUGGAUAGCUUUAGUCAAAGCAGCUGCUGCUGCAGCAGCAAAGAACAAAACAGGGAGUAAACCUCGAACCAGUGCAAACAGCAAUAAAGAUAAAGAAGAAAGAAAAUGGUUUAAAAUACCUUCAAAGAAGGAAGAAACAUCAACCUCUACAGCCAUACAAGAAGUUGAGAAAAAGGAAGAACUGCCAACAUCUAGUGAAACAUUUGGACUCCACGUAGAGACUGUUCCAAAGAUGGUCUUUCCGCAGCCAGAGAGCACGUUAUCGCACAAGAGGAAAAGUAACCAAGGCAACUCUUUUCAGGCAAAGAGAGCUCGUCUUAACAAGAUUACUGGUUUGUUGGCAUCCAAAGCUGUUGGGGUGGAUGGUGCUGAAAAAAAGGAAGACUGCUGCAGUGAAACGGCUCCAAUGCUGGAGCAGGAGAUUUCACCUAAACCUCAAAGUCAGAAAAAAAAUGAAGCUGACAUUAGCAGUUCUGCCAACACUCAGAAACCUGCACUGUUAUCCUCAACUUUGUCUUCAGGGAAGGCUCGCAGCAAGAAAUGCAAACAUGAAUCUGGAGAUUCUUCUGGGUGUAUAAAACCCCCUAAAUCGCCACUUUCCCCAGAGUUAAUACAAGUCGAGGAUUUGACGAUUGUAUCUCAGCUUCCUUCUUCAGUGAUUAAUAAAACUAGUCCAUCACAACCCGUGAAUCCCCCUAGACCUUCCAAACAUAGUGAGCGGAGAAGAAGAUCACAGCGUUUAGCCACUUUGCCGUUGCCUGAUGAUUGUGUAGAAAAGGUUUCUUCUCCCUCUCCAAUCACUGAUGGAAAAGUGUUCUCCAUCAGUUCUCAAAAUCAGCAAGAACCAUCAGUAUCUGAGGUACCUGAUGUUGCUCAUGUGUCACUUGAGAAGCUUGGACCCUCUCUCCCUCUUGACUUAAGCCGUAGUUCGGAGGUUACAGCACCCGUAACCACAGAAUCCUCUUUUAAUGAGUACCCCAGUACAGAAAAGGAAGAUAUACAGAUGAUUUCAUAUCAUUCUUCCAAAGCAGUAACUGAUGGAAGAGUAGCUUCAACAGUGUCAGGAGUAUUGAAAACAGAAAAAAAAGUGAAAUUGGAAGAGAAAAGUUCAACGACAUUUGGUAAGAAGAAAGAAAAGGAUAAAGAGAGAAAGGAGAAAAGAGAUAAAGAUCAUUUCAGGCCAAAACAAAAGAAGAAGAAGAAGAAGAAAAAGAAAUCCAAACAGCAUGACUAUUCAGACUAUGAAGACAGUUCUCUAGAAUUUUUGGAAAGGUGCUCCUCUCCACUCACUCGGUCCUCUGGGAGUUCUCUGGCUCUGCGAAGCAUGUUCACGGAGAAAAAUACGUCAUAUCAAUAUCCAAGAGCUAUUUUAUCUGUUGAUCUUAGUGGAGAAAACUUAUCAGAUGUGGAGUUUUUGGAUGACUCUUCAACUGAAAGUUUGCUUCUGAGUGGUGAUGAAUACAAUCAGGACUUUGAUUCGACUAAUUUUGAAGAGUCUCAAGAUGAAGAUGAUGCCCUUAAUGAAAUUGUCAGGUGUAUUUGUGAAAUGGAUGAGGAGAAUGGCUUUAUGAUUCAGUGUGAAGAGUGCCUGUGUUGGCAGCAUAGUGUUUGUAUGGGGCUGCUGGAGGACAGCAUCCCGGAGCAGUACAUCUGUUAUAUUUGCAGGGAUCCACCAGGUCAGAGAUGGAGUGCAAAAUAUCUUUAUGAUAAAGAAUGGUUGAACAAUGGGCGAAUGUGUGGGUUAUCGUUUUUAAAGGAAAAUUACUCUCAUCUCAAUGCCAAAAAGAUAGUUUCAACACAUCAUUUGCUUGCUGAUGUAUAUGGUGUAACAGAAGUACUACAUGGGUUACAACUGAAGAUUGGAAUUCUAAAGAACAAACAUCAUCCUGAUCUUCAUCUCUGGGCCUGUUCAGGGAAGCGGAAAGACCAAGAUCAAAUAGCUGUUGGGGUAGAGAAAAAAAUGACAGUGCAAGAUACUCUUAAUGUAGAAGAACGGACUUGUCCUGCUCAGAAUCAUAAAGAGAUUCCUAGCUUGCCCAGGAAAAUGGAAGGAACAUAUAUUACAAGUGAGCACAGCUAUCAGAAACCACAAAAUUUUGGUCACGAUUGUAAAUCUACUGAUCCUUUGAGUUCUGAUGAUGAAGAUGUAAGUAGUUUUGAAGAGGAACAGGAAUUUCAUACAGAAGAUACAAACUGUUUACAAUUUUCCAUAAAAGAAGAUGGUAUAAGUGAACAGAAUUCUUCAGAAGGAAAUACAUUAUUUGUCUACAAUGAAAAAAGAAAUACAGAAGAAAAAGGAGACUCUCAUCUUCAGUGGCAACUCAAUCUUCUCACACAUAUAGAGAAUGUCCAAAAUGAAGUCACCAGCAGAAUGGACCUAAUUGAAAAAGAAGUUGAUGUUCUGGAAAGCUGGCUUGAUUUCACAGGAGAGUUGGAGCCACCAGAUCCUCUUACAAGAUUGCCACAGCUUAAGCGCCAUAUAAAACAGCUCUUAAUUGAUAUGGGAAAAGUACAGCAAAUAGCAACUCUUUGUUCUGUAUGACAAAAAGGAAGAAACAAGAAAAAGAACGAUUGUCUACAGCAAAAUUUGUUUUUAUUAUCUGCCAGAUUGACAAUGGAUAGUUGAAAGCUUAGUAACAUUUUGCUAAGUUUUGUAACUACAGUAUGUAACAUCAAUAUGAUGAAGAGUACUAUGGUGUCUGGUCCUGUCAGGAAGGUUAAUAGCUAAAAAUAUCAAAAUAUUUCCUGAGAAAGCUGCAAAUGGUAAUUAUAUGUACUGAGGAUUGGCAAUAUGGAAUAUGAUCAAUACUAAGUAAAACUAGUUGACUGGAUUUUUCAGAACUCAUUUACCUGAACCUCAAAAGAUCCAUAAAAACAAUAUUUUUUUAAAGUUUUAGUAGAAAGAUACAAAUUUGCAAGCCACUAUUUUACCCACAACAAAAUUCUAAAAGAAAAAAAUCAAAAUUCUUGAAGAGUUAUCCUGUAUUGCUAAUGUAACACAGAUCAAAUUGUGUCUAAUAUGUGAUUUGUUCAGCCACACAAAAGUUUCAAGUCUGUAAAUUCUUACAGGAUCAUGAACUAUUUUCCUGAGUGAUGAAUCUCCUUAUUCAAUUAAGACAACACAAGCUUCACUUCUAGCCUCGGUGUAGUAGGGUGGGCAAGAAAUUGUAGAUUUUUUUUUCUAAAUAAUAUAUUUAAAAAAAAAAAAAAGAAUGGGAAUCCUCGUUAUAGUCAGUCUCUAAAAAAUGAGAGGUAUAUAGUGGUAAAAUGUGCCAAAUAAUGAUGAUACCACUGGAAUGAGAGUUUAAGACUAGGGAGUUUCAUUUCCCAAAAAUCUGACAGUGCUUGUAGUCUCCAUCUAAAAUGCUUCUGCAUUCAAACACGUCACUACCUGUGUCUUUUAUGUAUGUACACACACAUAUACGUGUGUGUACCUUUGCAUUCACAUGUAUGUGUGUGUGCAUGUGUACAUGUGUAUCUACAUGCACACAUAUUUCUGUUACAGUAUUCAGGGUUCAAAGUAUUAUUUUGGUCCUGAGUUGGUGUGCUUCAUGUUAACCCUUAGAAACAAACUGAAUGGCCUCAGCUGGGAUGAGGCACAAUGAGAUCAUUAAACCAGUUUGUGGCUAUGGUUUUCUCAAUAGCUAGAAAAAAUAUGGGGGCAAUUUGGUAAUUGAAGGUUGUUUUUAUUUAAAAUCUUUUAAGUUUGGUUCAUGAAUGGACAGACUUCAGAAACCAAAGGCAACAUAGUUGCCAUUUAGCUCUUGCUGGAUUUUGAGCCUAGGUCCACUGUGUGCCAGUGCUCAUACACAUUGUUUGCUGCACCCAGUGCUACAUAUACGUGUAUGUGUGCCUGUGUAUGCUUGUUUUUAAACAUACACUCACAUACAUAUGUACAUAACCUAUACAUAUUUAUAUCUACACAUGUCUAGUUUUAUUACCAUAGACUAUAAGAAUUGAUGGUUAACAUUAAAUGUUGCCUUUUAACAGAAAGUUUCUAAAAAUUAAAAAUGUAUGUACAGGUUUUGAAAUUUGUAAAAAAAAAUUUAAAAAGACUGUUAAAGGGAGGCUGUUUAACUGAUGCUAUUAAGAUACUUGAACAUUUAAUGCCUCACUACUGUUUAUCAGUUCUAGUGAUCUGUAUAAAUGCAUUUUGGAACCGAUAGAUGGUCAACUUGAAUUUACCUUUGAAAAGAGUACACACCACUGUACAUUCAAAAUUUAUUUAAAUUUGCAAACACACUGUUCUAUAUGUAAGGUACUGUAUGUAAAACUCUUUAUUAAAACUAUUCUACAUAUUCUCCAUUUUCCACUUUUCGUUUCUCUCCCUUAUAUUCUGAUGUAAAGAGGUGACUAUAAUGAUGUGCAGUCACAAAAUGUUUUUGUUGCCUUUUGAGAUUCUUCAAUUUUAAAAAUGUGCCAAAGAUAAUCAAUCAUAGAGUAUGUGUUUCAGUAUGAUGCAUUAACUUUGUCAUAGAGCUGUUACUGAAUAAUUAAUAGCUUUAUCAGAUAUGGCAUUGCCAGCUAACUGCUGAAAAAAGUGUUUCUAUUAAAGUAACAUAUUAGUGCCUA